AUGGCAAACGCCCUCCUCUUCCUCUCGGUCAUCUGGCUGAGAUUGCAGACGUGGUGGUCUACCCCUGGAGUGCCGUCCCUCGCGGCGAUCAGUAUCCCACUGGACUCUCUCGGCCUGUCUCACGACGCCGUCUUCGAAUCUGGACAAUGGCUGAACGACUUUCUCGCCUUCCUCAACGUCCCUAGACCUGGAUUGAUCUCUGCCCUGUCGAAUGACGAAGGUGUCGCGUUGAGCAUCCACAUGCCCCUGAGUACCGAACUUCUCGCGCCUCUCUGCCUGUCGUCGAACACCAGUAACAUCAACACUACACCGCGUUUAAAUUUCCAACGACCGCCUCUACCACCAUCGUCCACUCCAACUGACGCGUCGAGGACCAUUCAUGUCGACGAACACGCUGCUCCUUCCGAGACGGCUGCCGGCGGUACCUUCGAGACUGGUUGUGAUGCAAAUGAGGCUGACGCUGGUUCUGAUUCUGGUGAUGCUUCCACCGCGGACGACAAGGACAAAUGGUCUCGCCUCCCCAAAUCACAGUGGCUCGCCUGGUUCUUGUCUGGACAGGCCCAGAUACCUGUUGGAGCAAGUUGGUCGUACGACAUCGGUCCGCUCACUUUUAAGAUCCCCCAGACUCUCCUGCAGAUCAUUGGACUAUUGGUCACCGUCAGCAUCAUCGUCUGGCGUGUGUGUAUUCACGUCUCCAUGUCCGAACUGUCCGAACUAGACAUCAGCUGCACGCGUGCCUUUUCCUCGGUUGAGGUUUCGUCACCCUUCAACGCCAUUGACGACUUUUUCAUCUCCAGCUUGGUCGCGGAUACAACUGCCAAAGAAGAAGCGGUUGCCCCUGUUACAUCGGACGAAGUUUCCAACGCAGGUAUUCUCGUCGGCUUCCGCUUCGUCGUUGUUGUUUUGAGGGCACGAAUCGCCAACCUGGCCUCGAAUGUUCAAGGUUUAGCACAGCAAAACGCCUCCUUUUUAGACGAAAUCGCAACAUUGGAGCAAUGGAAUGCGGCUCUCAAGAACACAAAUGAAGCGCAAACUUCUCAGCUGGACGCACUCCGCAAAGAACGCGAUGACGCCCGGGGAGCUAUGAAGGAGCUUGAGAGCGAGGAGCAGGACUACCAGGACCAGAUGCAGGGCAUCCUUGAGCACAAUGUCAGCUUAGGCAACCAAGUCGAGCGACUCGGUCAAGACAAGGGCGCCCUGCAAGCCACGAUCGCGACGCUCACACAGGAAAAUGAAAGACUCCGUGCUGAGGCUCGUCGUUGUCGCGGCCGAGGACAAGGUCACACUGCGACAAUCAAGCGAUCCUCGACUUUGCCUGCCACGGCUCCCUCGGAGGCAACCUCCUCGUCUGCUCCCGCUGCUCCCGCGCUCAUCUCGUUGGGUGGUUCUCCCGUUCCUUCUGCUUCGUCGAUGCGUGGGUCUUCAAACUAUCCUCGUGCUGGCGGCACGGUCUUGUACGGACCACCCCGACUUAACAGUGAGGGGAUCCCUACAAGACCGAUGACGCCGCAAGAGCGGGAGGAUCGGCGUGCAGCGGCGGCAGCUGCCCGUCCAGAUGUGCCUAGGGGUUCCGUUGGUGACAGCGACGUUGUCGUGGCGGGUGCGCCAGAAGAGAUCGUCGCGCCCAUGGCCGACGAUGAGGUGCAAGGGAGUGCUGGCCAAGAGAACCAAGCUGCUACUGUUGCUGAUGGAGGUGGUGAAGGCCGGGGGCUGGAAGAUAGUCGUUGGGCCAAGGUGGAUGGUGGGCCCGUGGGCGACAAGGGCAAGGGGAAGGCCGAGGAGGGCGAGGACGAGGUGACGGAUGGCCGUCGUCGGAGUGAGGGUGGGGAGAAGGGAAGAGAGGAGAUGAAGAGGAGCAAGUGGGCUUCAUGA